GGUGUGGCUGCGCGGUGGGCGGGGCCACACACACAUACACACACACACACACACACACACACACACACCCUGUCUGCGUAGCUGCUUCAUUUGUAGUUUUUGGUCUGGAGGAAAAAGUGAACUCAGACAGCGGACAGAGACCAAAGCUCAAGCCUUCCGCCUUCCUUCAUAUUCAGCUGGGACUCACUCCCUGUCCUUCCACUGUCCUCACCCCUCCUCACCCUCCGUCUGUCAGUUAAUCUCCAUCAUCCUGCCGCUGAGAUGUCGACUCCAGAUGCAGGAGGUCCAGGAGCUCCUGGGGGCCCUGACGGAGAGGGGGGGCCCCCGGCUCCAGCCCCUAACCUGACCAGCAACCGACGACUUCAGCAGACGCAGGCGCAGGUGGACGAGGUUGUCGACAUCAUGCGUGUGAACGUAGACAAAGUCCUGGAGAGGGAUCAGAAGCUGUCGGAGUUAGACGACCGGGCCGACGCCCUGCAGGCUGGAGCCUCACAGUUCGAGAGCAGCGCUGCCAAACUCAAGAACAAGUACUGGUGGAAAAACUGCAAGAUGAUGAUCAUGAUGGCUAUUAUAGGUGUUAUAUUUGUCGGCGUUAUCUUCUUGUAUUUCUUCUAUUGAGCUGCUCUUCUACGGCGGGCACACAAGUCACAGGACAAGUCUGCACCAACACACUGAUCCCGGCCAGAUCGAACCUUCCCUCAGCGCUCCUCCAGCUCUUCGUCCUCAUCUUCCUCAGCGAUGCCAUCCCCAGAAACCAUGCAUGGCCUGCAGUUUGCUUCAGAUCCUCCUUUUUUUCCUCUGCACCAGGCAGGUUUAGCAUGCAUGGGUGGGGUUCACUUUGGCAGGACAGUUCACCUUUACAGAAAAAGUAAAUUAAAUCUUCCUGUUGCUGUUCGUUAUACUCCCAGGUUGAGUCAAAGAAAUGGGCAACCAUCUCUCUUUUUUGAUUAAAUACAAAGACCUAGUCCAACAUACCGAUCUCUGACUCUAAGGUGUUUGAGAUGAACCACGUUAAUAAAGCUACACAAACUUUGUUGCAUGUGUCGAUAGAAAAAAAAUACUGAUCUAUAUUUUCACUGGUAAGUUGUAAAUCUUUGUAUUGAUCGAUCAAUAAGACACAGCAUUUGCUGUAAGUACAAACAGAAAAAUUCAAUUAAUCUUACAAGUUAACACUAAAUUUACACUGAAAGAAGCCCAAGAUUUUGAAUUUGUUUAGUCGUAAAUAAAAAGGUUUAAGAGUUAGAUGUCCUCUUUAAAUCUCCAGUUUCCUUCAAAAAGGUAUUUCAUGGAUUCCUGCUUUUCCCCCCUCUGUCCUUUCAGAUAACACUGUACAUAUCAGGGUUCUCCAGCAUUGCUGUUACUGAUGCUGAAGACGUUUUACUAAAUUUGCAUUCUUCUGUCUCCAUUUGAAGUUAUUUUAUCUCUUUUGAUGCUUCAUCUUCCUCAACUUCCUUUUCCUUGUGCUGUAAACAGUCAUGACUUGUGUUUUCUGUUGUUUGAGUGUGCAACAUGUUUCUUUGUCCUGUCUGAUUUGAGUUCCUCUGUAUGUGCAGGACUUUUAAGACAUUUCCAUCAGUGUGUUAUGUACCAGAAAAAAAGACAUUAAAGGAGCGAACAUCUAGCCUGGAAUAGGAUGAGGAUAAGUUAUGUAUUUGAGAGCGGAUUCUUAUGGUGAUGUUUUCUUUGAUGUACACAGUUGAGAGGCACUGAUGUUUCAGAGUGGUCUGGAACUUAAAAUAAAUUAAUGUUUG